GUCCCAGCUCCUGAGUGGCUGGGGGGCCGGGAUUAACCUUUCACCGCCGCGCGCUGUCCAAUCACAGGCGCGCUCUCAUGCCGCCGCGGGGCGAGCGGAGCGUGGGGGCGCGGAGCGGCGGCGCGGCGCGGGUGGGAUUCUGCAAGCGGCUGUGCGCCGUUGCCGCGGGCCGUGCGCGGGCUGCGGGCGAGCCGGGCGCUGCGCAGUCUCCGCAGGCGCCGGCGGGAGGGGUCGAGGCGCGGCGCGGCGCAAGCUGCUCCAGGCCCAGGUGAAUGGAGUAACCUGACAGCGGCGACGAGGCGACGGCGAGCGGCAGGAAAUGGCGGCGGCGGCGGCGGCGCCGGGCGGCACCGGGAGGCCUGGGCUGUGACGCGCGCGCCGGAGCGGGGUCCGAUGGUUCUGGAAGGCCCGCGGCGCCCCGUGCUGCAGUGCUGGGGGUUGAACCCACUGCGCCUUCUGCGUGCUAGGUUACCUAGGGUAUGAAUUAAUACAGACUUGGAAUCUCUGAAAGAACUUAGAAUCAGCAUUUUGAGAGCAGAAGCGUGGGCAUGCUGUGAUUUUCCAAUAAACUGCUAUCACAAUGUCAAAAUGCAGUUCAGACAGCAGCAACACAGAGAUCUCAAACAUUAAAACGUAAGCUGUGCUAGACAAAAAUGCAAUGAAAGAAACACUGGAUGAGUGAAAAGCCCUGCUUUGCAACCCCUCGGCAUGGCAGGCCUGCAGCUCGUGACCCCUGCUUCCUCACCAAUGGGUCCAUUCUUUGGACUGCCAUGGCAACAAGAAGCGAUUCAUGAUAACAUUUAUACGCCAAGAAAAUACCAGGUUGAACUGCUUGAAGCAGCUCUGGAUCAUAAUACCAUCGUCUGUUUGAACACUGGCUCAGGGAAGACAUUUAUUGCAGUACUACUCACUAAAGAGUUGUCCUAUCAGAUCAGGGGAGACUUCAACAGAAAUGGAAAAAGGACCGUGUUCUUGGUCAACUCUGCAAACCAGGUUGCUCAGCAAGUGUCAGCUGUCAGAACUCAUUCAGAUCUCAAGGUUGGGGAGUACUCAAACCUAGAAGUAAAUGCAUCUUGGACAAAAGAGAGAUGGAACCAGGAAUUUACUAAGCACCAGGUUCUCAUUAUGACUUGCUAUGUCGCCUUGAAUGUCUUGAAAAAUGGUUUCUUAUCACUGUCAGACAUUAACUUGUUGGUGUUUGAUGAGUGUCAUCUUGCCAUUCUAGACCACCCCUAUCGAGAAAUUAUGAAGCUCUGUGAAAAUUGUCCAUCAUGUCCUCGAAUUUUGGGACUAACUGCUUCAAUUUUAAAUGGAAAAUGUGAUCCAGAGGAAUUAGAAGAAAAGAUUCAGAAACUGGAGAAAAUCCUUAAGAGUAAUGCUGAAACUGCAACUGACCUGGUGGUCUUAGACAGAUAUACUUCUCAGCCGUGUGAGAUUGUGGUAGAUUGCGGACCAUUUAUUGACAGAAGUGGGCUUUAUGAAAGACUGCUGAUGGAAUUAGAGGAAGCACUUAAUUUUAUCAAUGACUGUAAUAUAUCUGUACAUUCAAAAGAAAGAGAUUCUACUUUAAUUUCUAAACAGAUUCUGUCAGACUGUCGUGCAGUGUUGGUGGUUCUGGGACCCUGGUGUGCAGAUAAAGUAGCUGGCAUGAUGGUGAGGGAACUUCAGAAGUACAUCAAACAUGAGCAAGAGGAGCUGCACAGGAAGUUCCUCCUGUUCACAGACACUUUCCUGAGGAAAAUCCACGCCCUGUGUGAAGAGCACUUCUCGCCCGCCUCGCUUGACCUGAGGUUCGUGACUCCUAAAGUCAUAAAGCUGCUCGAAAUCCUGCGCAAGUAUAAGCCCUACGAGCGGCAGCAGUUUGAAAGUGUCGAGUGGUACAACAACAGGAACCAGGACGAUUAUGUGUCUUGGAGUGACUCCGAGGAUGAGGAUGAGGAUGAGGAAAUCGGAGAAAAAGAGAAGCCAGAGACGAAUUUUCCUUCUCCCUUUACCAACAUUUUAUGCGGAAUUAUUUUCGUGGAAAGAAGGUACACAGCAGUCGUCCUCAACAGAUUGAUAAAGGAAGCUGGCAAACAAGACCCAGAGCUGGCUUAUAUCAGCAGCAACUUUAUAACUGGACAUGGCAUCGGAAAGAAUCAGCCUCGUAACAAACAGAUGGAAGCAGAGUUCAGAAAGCAGGAAGAGGUACUUAGAAAAUUUCGGGCACAUGAGACAAACCUGCUUAUUGCAACGAGUAUUGUAGAAGAGGGUGUUGAUAUUCCAAAAUGCAACUUGGUGGUUCGUUUUGAUUUGCCCACAGAGUAUCGAUCCUAUGUUCAAUCUAAAGGAAGAGCAAGGGCACCGAUCUCUAAUUACAUUAUGUUAGCAGAUACAGACAAAAGAAAAAGUUUUGAAGAAGACCUGAAAACCUACAAAGCUAUUGAAAAGAUUUUGAGAAAUAAAUGUUCCAAGUCUGUCGAUGCUGGUGAGGCUGACGUUGAUCCUGUUGUGGAUGACGAUGAUGUUUUCCCACCAUAUGUGUUGAGGCCUGAUGAUGGGGGCCCCCGCGUAACAAUCAACACAGCCAUUGGACACAUCAAUAGAUACUGUGCUAGAUUACCAAGUGAUCCUUUUACUCAUCUAGCUCCCAAAUGUCGAACUCGAGAGUUGCCUGAUGGUACAUUUUAUUCAACUCUUUACCUGCCAAUCAACUCACCUCUUCGAGCCUCCAUUGUUGGCCCACCAAUGAGCUGUGUACGAUUGGCUGAAAGAGUUGUAGCUCUCAUUUGCUGUGAAAAACUGCACAAAAUUGGUGAACUGGAUGAACAUUUGAUGCCAGUUGGAAAAGAAACUGUUAAAUAUGAAGAAGAGCUUGAUUUACAUGAUGAAGAAGAGACCAGUGUUCCAGGAAGACCAGGUUCCACAAAACGAAGGCAGUGCUACCCAAAAGCAAUUCCAGAGUGUUUGAGGGAUAGUUACCCCAAACCCGAGCAGCCCUGUUACCUGUAUGUGAUAGGAAUGGUCUUAACUACUCCUUUACCUGAUGAACUUAACUUCAGAAGGCGGAAGCUCUAUCCCCCCGAAGAUACCACACGAUGCUUUGGGAUACUGACAGCCAAACCCAUACCUCAGAUUCCACACUUUCCUGUGUACACACGCUCUGGAGAGGUUACCAUAUCCAUUGAGUUGAAGAAGUCUGGAUUCACGUUGUCUCUACAGAUGCUUGAAUUGAUUACAAGACUUCACCAGUAUAUAUUCUCACAUAUUCUUCGGCUUGAAAAACCUGCACUAGAAUUUAAACCUACAGACGCUGAUUCAGCAUACUGUGUUCUACCUCUUAACGUUGUUAAUGACUCCAGCACUUUGGACAUUGAUUUUAAAUUCAUGGAAGAUAUUGAGAAAUCUGAAGCUCGCAUAGGCAUUCCCAGCACAAAAUAUUCAAAAGAAACUCCCUUUGUCUUUAAAUUAGAAGAUUACCAAGAUGCAGUCAUCAUUCCAAGAUACCGCAAUUUUGAUCAACCUCAUCGAUUUUAUGUAGCUGAUGUGUACACUGAUCUUACCCCACUCAGUAAAUUUCCUUCUCCUGAGUAUGAAACUUUUGCAGAAUAUUAUAAAACAAAGUAUAACCUUGACCUGACCAAUCUCAACCAGCCACUGCUGGAUGUGGACCACACAUCUUCCAGACUUAAUCUUCUGACACCUCGACAUUUGAAUCAGAAGGGGAAAGCUCUUCCUCUCAGCAGUGCUGAGAAGAGGAAAGCCAAGUGGGAGAGCCUGCAGAAUAAACAGAUACUGGUUCCAGAACUCUGUGCUAUACAUCCAAUUCCAGCAUCUCUGUGGAGAAAAGCAGUUUGUCUCCCCAGUAUACUUUACCGCCUUCACUGCCUUUUGACUGCAGAGGAGCUAAGAGCCCAGACAGCCAGUGAUGCUGGCGUGGGAGUCAGAUCGCUUCCUGCGGAUUUUAGAUACCCUAACUUAGACUUCGGGUGGAAAAAAUCUAUUGACAGCAAAUCUUUCAUCUCAAUUUCUAAUUCCCCUUCGGCUGAAAAUGAUAAUUACUGUAAGCACAGCACAAUUGUAGUCCCUGAAAAUGCUGCACAUCAAGGUGCUAAUAGAACCUCCUUAGAAAACCAUGACCAGAUGUCUGUGAACUGCAGAACGUUACUCAGCGAGUCGCCGAGUAAGCUCCAAACUGAGGUUUCAACAGAUCUUACAGCAGUUAAUGGUCUUUCUUACAAUAAAACCCUUGCCAAUGGCAGUUACGAUUUAGCUAACAGAGACUUUUGCCAAGGAAAUCAGCUGAAUUACUACAAGCAGGAAAUACCUGUACAACCAACUACCUCAUAUCCCAUUCAGAGUUUAUACCAUUAUGAGAACCAGCCCAAGCCCAGCAAUGAAUGUACUCUACUGAGUAAUAAAUACCUUGAUGGAAAUGCUAACAAAUCUACCUCAGAUGGAAAUCCCGUGAUGGCCGCCAUGCCCGGUACGACAGACACCGUUAGAGCGCUCGUGGACCGGAGGGACGCUGAGCAGAGCCCUUCUGCUGGGUACUCCUCGAGGACUCUGGGCCCCAAUCCUGGACUGAUUCUUCAGGCUCUGACUUUGUCAAAUGCCAGUGAUGGGUUUAACCUGGAGCGGCUCGAAAUGCUUGGUGAUUCCUUUCUAAAGCACGCCAUCACCACGUACCUGUUUUGCACUUACCCCGACGCUCACGAGGGCCGCCUGUCAUACAUGAGAAGCAAGAAGGUCAGCAACUGUAACCUAUAUCGUCUUGGCAAAAAGAAGGGACUGCCCAGCCGCAUGGUGGUGUCGAUAUUUGAUCCCCCUGUGAAUUGGCUUCCUCCUGGUUAUGUAGUAAAUCAAGACAAAAGUAACGCAGAUAAAUGGGAAAAGGAUGAAAUGACAAAAGACUGCAUGUUGGCUAAUGGCAAACUGGACGACGACUCGGAGGAGGAGGAGGAGGAAGAGGAGGAGGAGGAGGAGGAGGACCUGAUGUGGAGGGCCCCGAAGGAGGAAGCCGAAUAUGAGGACGAUUUCCUGGAGUACGAUCAGGAGCAUAUCAAGUUUAUAGACAACAUGUUAAUGGGCUCAGGCGCUUUUGUGAAGAAGAUUUCUCUUUCUCCUUUUUCAACCACCGAUUCUGCAUAUGAGUGGAAAAUGCCCAAGAAGUCCUCCCUAGGUAGUAUGCCGUUUUCAUCGGACUUUGAGGACUUUGACUAUAGCUCCUGGGAUGCCAUGUGCUAUCUGGAUCCGAGCAAGGCAGUGGAGGAGGACGACUUUGUGGUGGGGUUCUGGAAUCCGUCAGAAGAAAACUGUGGCGUCGACACGGGAAAGCAGUCCAUUUCUUACGACCUGCACACCGAGCAGUGCAUCGCCGACAAGAGCAUAGCCGACUGCGUGGAGGCCCUGCUGGGCUGCUACCUGACCAGCUGCGGCGAGCGGGCUGCCCAGCUCUUCCUCUGCUCGCUCGGGCUGAAGGUGCUCCCGGCGAUUAAGAGGACUGGCCGGGAAAAGAGCCUGUGCCCUGCCCGGGAGAAUUCCAGCAGCCAACAAAAGAGCCUUUCAGGGAGCUGCGCUGCGGCCAGCCCUCGCGCCUCGGCCUGGAGGGACCUGGAGUACGGCUGUCUGCAGAUCCCUCCGCGCUGCAUGUUUGACCAUCCAGAUGCGGACAGAACCCUGACUCACCUGAUAUCAGGGUUUGAGAAUUUUGAGAAGAAAAUCAACUACAGAUUCAAGAAUAAAGCUUACCUUCUGCAGGCCUUCACGCACGCCUCCUACCACUACAACACUAUCACUGAUUGUUACCAGCGCUUAGAAUUCCUGGGAGAUGCAAUUUUGGACUACCUCAUAACCAAGCACCUUUAUGAAGACCCACGGCAGCACUCCCCAGGGGUCCUGACUGACCUGCGCUCUGCUCUGGUCAACAACACCAUCUUUGCGUCACUGGCUGUGAAGUAUGACUACCACAAGUACUUUAAAGCUGUUUCUCCCGAGCUCUUCCAUGUCAUCGACGACUUUGUGCAGUUUCAGCUUGAGAAGAACGAGAUGCAAGGGAUGGACUCUGAGCUUAGGAGAUCGGAAGAGGAUGAAGAGAAAGAAGAGGAUAUUGAAGUUCCAAAGGCCAUGGGGGAUAUUUUUGAGUCACUUGCUGGUGCCAUUUAUAUGGAUAGUGGGAUGUCACUGGAGAUGGUGUGGCAGGUGUACUAUCCUAUGAUGCGGCCACUAAUAGAAAAGUUUUCUGCAAAUGUGCCCCGUUCCCCUGUGCGAGAACUGCUUGAAAUGGAACCAGAAACUGCCAAAUUUAGCCCAGCUGAGAGAACGUACGAUGGGAAGGUCAGAGUCACUGUGGAAGUAGUCGGCAAGGGGAAAUUCAAAGGCGUCGGCCGGAGUUACAGGAUCGCCAAAUCCGCAGCAGCAAGAAGAGCCCUCCGAAGCCUCAAAGCAAACCAACCUCAGGUUCCCAACAGCUGAAACCCCUUUUUAAACUUAAAGACAACAACAAAAUAAAACAGAAUCAAGGGAAAAUAUUUAAAUCGAAAGGAUGAUUUAAAGUUGGUAUUGAGUGGAAUGAAUUGAAGGCAGAAUUUAAAGUUUGAUAACAAGAUAGAUAACAGAAUAAAACAUUUAACAUAUGUAUAAAGUUUUUGGAACUAAUUGUAGUUUUAGUUUUUUGCGCAGACACAAUCUUGUCUUCUUUCCUCACUUCUGCUUUGUUUAAAUCACAAGAGUGCUUUAAUGACAUUUAGCAAGUGUUCAAAUCAUUAUUGACAGUUUUUGUUUGUCUGUUUGCGUGUGUUGGCUUUGCCUAGUGUUAGAAGGCCAUGGAGCUUAGACCUCAAACAGUCCCUAGAAUUCCAUAAAGUCCUGAACAUCCCUCGGUUGGUGUGGUAGUGCCAGUCCUACAAGCGUCGGUGCCUCGAGUGGAGGGAGCGACUCGGUCCGUAGGAGAAAUGUGCGGUGGUGUCCUUUCUCUUCGUGUCACGCUGUGUAAGGUGGAGUUGCAGGCGCUGUUGCACUUGAUGGCAAGGGAUGGAUUUGAGUCAGCACCGGCUGGCAUGUUGGUGAAUCAGUUUCGAGUUUUUGAUGCCACGUGGUCCUGCAUAAAAAAGGUUCUUGCCUUAAAAUUAAAAUCUUCAUGGGUAUUCUUUAAUUUCUGAACAACCCAUUUACAUUCCCUUUGUUUUGUUAUGCAUUAGAUGUUGACAGUCAUAUUUACAGCUCACUAGUAUAGUUGUUGCUACAGGAUUGCACUAGAACUCCUGUCGUGUGUACUGAAGACAUUUGAAAAACCAGAAUAUGUAGUCUAUGAAUUUUUUAACAUCAUAAUAAAAAUGAUCUUUGACUAAAUAUCCAGUUUUACUAAAAACCUCCUGCUAGGUAGUUCCACUGAUGGAAAUGUUUGUGGCAAAUGGUUUUGCCCUGUAGGCUGUUGCUCUAACGAAAUAAACCUUAGACAUAUCACACCUAAAGUAUGCUGCAGAUUUUAUACUCGGUUGGUGACUUGUUGCAGAAGCAGACAGAGCACCUUGCUGUCGUCCUUUCACCUGCGUCUCCUGCUGUGCUUUCCAGUGUGUCAUGCGUGUCUCCCUGGAGCUGUGCUGCAGCGCCACGGGAGUGGAACGUUGGCGAUGUACUGCCGUGACUUUGAUACAUUUGUGAUUUAGGUCAUUGAUUUAGAUGAACUAGCUCAUUAUUUCCAUCUUGGGAAAAAGAAAAAAAAUUUAGGCAUUUGCCUAAGUUUCUUUAAUUAGACUUGUAGGCACUCUUCACUUAAAUACCUCAGUUCUUCUUUUCUUUUGCAUGCAUUUUUUCCCCUGUUUGGUGCUAUGUUUAUGUAUUAUGCUUGAAAUUUUAAUUUUUUGCACUGUAACUAUAAUACCUCUUAAUUUACCUUUUUAAAAGCUGUGGGUCAGUCUUGUGCUCCCACCAAAAUACCAGUAGAGGUUUGCUGCAAUUGCCCAUUAAUUAUGCUUGAAGUUUAAGAAAGCUGAGCAGAGGUGUCUCGUGUUUUCCAGCACGCCAUCUUGAAGUUGAGGCUUCAUGUAAUGCUGCAUUUAUGUUUCAAAUUACACUUGGUUUCUUUCCUGCACCCUCCACUCGCAGAGAAGAACCUCUGCGGUGCACACAGCAGCCGGCAGCUCUGCUUCCUGAGUAGCCCCGAGUGAAGGGGACGUUGAGCUUCUCCAGUGUGUUUGUGGUCUUCGAUCUUAAACUUAAGUUGAGAUCUAAAUUAUUAAAUGAAUUUUUGAGCAAAUAGUCUAGGUGACUGAUUUUAAAAAUACUUAAUUCUGAUUUAGAUGUCUAUUUGAUGUUUUAAAAAAAGUUAUGUGAGAUAUCAUGGCAAGUUAAAACCACAUGAUUCUUGAAUUAUAUAACUAUAAAAGUGUAAAGGAACAGGCGAGGCUGAAUAUGAAUUUUACUUGUGAGAUGAUCUAUGAUCAUAUCGCAGCUCUCUUGAUAAUUUAUAAACUACCUGAUGCCAGGAGCUUUGGGCUUUGCAUUGAAUCUAAUGCAUUUAUUCCAGUGUUAUGGGAUUCUCUUGCCUCUUGCCCCCCAAAUCAGAAUGUUUCAGUUAUGAUUCCCAGUGGGAGAAAAUGCCUCAAUGUAUUUUGUAACCUUAAAAAGAGUUUUUUGUGUUAAUACUAAAAAUGUUCAGACUUGGUUGUGAUUAGUUCAUACAUUCUCAGGGGCACGAAUAUCUUGCUACCAUUCAAAAUAUUUUAUCAACAGCAAAUGUUACUACUAUUAUUACUUCCCCUGCUUUGGGGAAAAAAAAGAGCUGAUAAUAACAAUUUGAAGCAUUCUGUGAUCCCCUGGUGACUAAGUCUGAAAAUGAACAAUGUUAGUUAGACGUAUGAAAUGGUUUUGAAUACUUUUGUGCUGCUGAAUGUUAAUGUUGUCAAGUUUUCCCCGGUUUAGUUUGUUGAAAUGUUUUGCAUCCGUCAAUUAAGAAAAAAGUCACUCUGUUGCCCUACUUUACAACCGUGUGUGCAUCUUUUGCUCCCGCGAUCGCAGCAGAGGCAGAACAUAACGUGGAAAGGGGCUCGUGAGUGGGGCCGUGCCCUGGCACGCGGUAAUGGCCCACUGAGCUGCUGCUGGAAAAAGCACUGCAGGAAUCCGGGUGGCGUGCAGGCUGGUGGCCUGGACCAUUGCUGUGAUGCAUCCCUUCUUUGCUGGUGUACUUUCUGCAGGCCUGACUAUGCUGCGUCUCGAAGAGCUUUCCCUCUGUCCUGUUCGUGCACAGAUUCGCCUUGCACUUGGUACUUGCUUUACCUCAUUUCAAGGAGAAUAUGCUUAACCGAGAGGAAAAAAUGUGGUUUGGCCGUGCUGCUGUUUUGAUUUGCCGAAUUUGAAAAAGAUGAUUAUUAUGCCUGCAAUGUGUCAUAUACUUGCACAACUUAAAUAGGUCAUUUUCGUCUGUGGCAUUUUUACCAUUUGUGAAAGUAUUGCAAAGAUUUGUUAACUGAACUCUUAAUUGUGUUUUAAAAAUGUUUGUUACAUUUCUUUUACAUAUGUGAAAUGAUUAAAUUUAGAAUGACCUCUAACACUCCUGUAAUCAUCCCUUAAAUACUGCUAUUUUUACUUUCUUGAUAAUAGUAGACUGCCCUCAGAAAGAUUCAGAUACCCUGCCUAAAUAACAAGAGUCUUGAGACUACUUUGGUUCUGUGUCCAGUCUGCAGUGUGGCUCCUCACCCAGCGGUCAUCUCUUCCAGUCAUUGCCUGAAUUGGGUGGAGGCCGCAGAGCACAGAGAGUAAUUAAGACCCCGGCCCAGCACAGUUCCCUCUUAAGGCCCCGUUGAUUUAAAACUUUGUAUCUUGCUUGGUUAGGGCAUCUAAUCCUUUCAUGCAGAAGCGAAGCCAGCCAAGACUGGCCUCUUCAUUUACCUGUGUCUGAGUCACGUUUGAGUCUGUAACUGGCUUACAGUUGUCCGUGGAGGAGGAGCUCGUGCUGUGUGUACCACCUGUGGGGUUUUUUUUAAUCACAUCUAAAUAGGUAUAUUUUUCCAGCCACUGAUUGCUUUUCUUGAAAUUUAAUUAUUUCCAAAUAAAUCUCCUUAUUUUAUAUUGUACAUGAGAAGUUUUAAAGAUAUGUUUAAGACCAAGAGUAGUAAAAUGAUUUUAAAAGUUGUUGGAGGUGCCAGUAGCAAUAUCUAGGGAAUUUGCAUUGAGACCAUUGUAUUGUCCACUAACGGUAAAAAUGAUCUUUCAAAACUAACUUGUAAAUAUGUUUUUAAUCAUUGCUUGUUUUUUUUUUUUUUCUAGUCCAUAUUUGGACAUCAACCACAGGCAAUUUAAAUUUUGUAGAUGCACUCAGAAUUCACUGCAGCAGCAGGUUCUAUAGCAAAAAUGCAAAGGUGAACAGGAAGAAAACUCUGCCUUUUCUGCUGUAAAUAGAGUAAAGGAAAAUGUCUAAAAUCAAGUAAUACUAAUACAUCAUUUCAUUGACAAUAAAAUCUUUACAUCACAUGCUGCAGCUGUUUUUUAAGGAACAUGAUGUAAUUCUUUCAUAAUAAUCAUGCUGCAGAAAUUUGCAGUCUGCACCUUAUGGAUCACAAAUACCUUUUUUUGUUUGUUUUUUGUUUUCUUUUGUAAUAAUUGUAGCCAAGUAAAUCUCCAAUAAAGUUAUGGUCUGUUCACUUUG